CCGGGAUUGGCACACCAGAUUAUUUCGAGCAUCAGAGUGAGACAUCCUCUCUUUGAUACACGAUCUUCGGUUUCAGUCCGCGUUGCCUCGUUGUCUCGUUUUGAAAGCACCCGGACGAUUGACAGCCUCCGCUGAUGAAGUGGACACAGCUGAACGGGGACGCAGACGGGAGCCGGUAAACCUUGGAACAUCCAAAUCGCUGACUAAGGAAGGAAAUCGCGUUUUGUUUCCGUGUUCGUUUCCGGUUGUUUACCUGGCAGCAGCUGCGGCAGAGAGAUGCUGUCAUAUAAAGAGACGUCAUUGAUUUCAAAGGCAGAAAAAGCCGCUGUUGUGACACACUUAACGGGAUCGUUCAGGUGGAAACGGCAAGGUUGAAAUUCAGCGCAGGAGUGAGAUUUGAGUUGACGUCUGUGCUUCCCCACCAAGGAAGUGAAACCCAUGACAGAGAAGAUUCAUUCACAUCCGCUCCGAGGGGAAAUGUCUUUGGCUGAAUUAAAGGCGCUGAUCACGUUGCUCAGACGUGCCAGCCCGAUCGAAAGGUUUGAGUAAUCAGGGAAACGUGGCCACGAUGCUGCUGCAGUGUGUUUGUCUCCAUUAACGGGCCUACUUUUAUUUGAUCUGACAAAACAGAUAAAUAAAAUGUCUGAAUAGACUGCCACCUCUUUGUUUUCCUGCAGUAUCAUAAAACAUUUCUGCCCAAGAUUCACUUUGGUUCAGAUUUGACUCUGGACUCUGAAUUCAUCUUCCUCCUUUAUCCAUUUAAUGGAUAACUUGGAAAAACACCAAAUGAUAGUAGUUCGGGAGAGAAGCAUCAUCUUUCAUCCAGCCCUGCAAUGAAAUUCUUACAUGCAUCAAAAGGAAGUGACUUUUAAAGCUCUCUUGUAUUAUCCGUUCGCCACGUGUUGUGAUGCUAGAUGUGGUAAAGAUGAAGGAGACUUGCAGGAUCUGUGCCCGUGAGCUCUGUGGCAACCAGCGCAGAUGGAUUUUCCACCCAACAGCCAAGCUCAAUCUGCAGGUGCUGCUUUCCCACGCGUUGGGCCGUGAGCUGACCCGGGAUGGCCGUGGUGAGUUUGCGUGCUCAAAGUGCACCUUCAUGUUAGACCGCAUGUACCGCUUUGAUACAGUGAUUGCCCGAGUGGAGGCAUUGUCUCUGGAGCGUCUCCACAAGCUACUCCUCGAGAAAGACCGGCUGAGGCAGUGUAUUGGAGGCCUGUACUGGAAGAACAACUCAGAGGAGUGCAGCGUGGUCCCCCCUCCAUCCAGUGUCAGAGUCGUGACUGAGACGGCGUCUGAAGACGCUCCUGUGGUGGAUCUGUCAUCACUCCAGGAUGUAAGAUACUCAGACAUGAUCCAGGACGAUCUUACCUUCUCCGUGUAUGAGUCAUGGGCUGAUAAGGAAUACCCUGCCCUGGACCAUCAUCAUCACCACCACCACCACCUCCACCAGUGCACAGGAGCAGACUCCCUCUCUGGUCACAAGCAGAGGCGAUGUAGGGGUUGUGCUGCACUUCGAGUUGCUGAUUCUGAUUAUGAGGCUGUAUGUAAGGUUCCUAGAAGGCUCGGGCGCAGAAGCACAUCCUGCGGCCCAACUACCCGCUGCUCAACAGCCACACAGGAAGUGGAGUUUGUGGCCAGAGGCCCUGGAGCUGAUACAGCCAUCACCUUUGAGUCACCUUCUGCUGGGAUGGAACCUGAAAAGACCAUUUGUGAGCAGAAGAGUUCCAGUCCUGCAUCAUCUGUGGAGUCUCUCAACACCACUGUGGACGUCAGUUGUCUUCCUUUAGAUCAUAAAGAGAAGGAAGAAACUGACCCAGAGAAAGAUGGAAGUGAGGCAAUGGUGAGAAGAGACAUUCAGUGGGACAAGACCCCAUGUGAGAGCUUCCUGUCUGGGUUUGAGAUGAUGCUGACCCUCUUGCGGGGUUGUGAACACCGGCCAGUGAAAUCCCGAAGGGGCAGCAAGAUCCCAGUUCUAGUCAAAACCAAACCGGAGCGAGGCCUGUCACUGCCCCUGCACCUAUCACUGAGGUUGCCCUAUGCAGAGACAGCAGACUGUGAGCUGCACACCCACCACAGUAUACCAGAGAUCGUGACCCCAUGUCCCCAACAGGAGCUCCAGGCUGAGCUGGAAGAGAUGGAGGAGCAGUGGAUGGAUGAUUAUGUUCUGUGUGGGCCAUUUCAGUUUCAGCAGCGAUUGAUUGACAAUCAGCAGGGUCAGCUCAGUUAUUAUGAGAGUGCUGCAGGUCAGUGUGUUGGCGAGCUGCAGAAGGCCCAGGAUCAGGUGCGCUCACUACAGGCCAAGAUCAGAGAGAGCGAGACGAGGAACCAGAAGCUGCAGGAGCGUCUAGGUGAAAUGGAGCUUGAGCUGCGAUCGGCCCAAGAGGAUGCCCAGCAACAGGAGAGAAAUAUCCAGAACCUCACUGAUACUGUAAACUCCAAACAGGCAGAGGUUGCAGAGCUGUACAGGGUGAUUGAGGAGCAAAAUAAGACACUGUGCUCACUCAAAGAGCUUGCCAACCGCAACCAGCUGCAGCAGCUGCAGGCGUCUGGUGCAGAGACUAUUAGAGGUCAGGGUGAGGUCCUGGCUCUGCAGGCCUCUCUGUUCCAAGCUCAACUGGAGCUGCAGGCUGGACAGAGAGCCCAGUGUCAGGCAGUCAGGACUCAGGAGGACCUGAACCGGGCCCUGGAGAGACUAGAGAAAGAGCUGCAGGGGUCGCUGGAACACAAGAGGGAGGCAGAGAGACACAACCAGGAGCUGCAGCUAGCUCUAGAAAAGGCUCGAUCAGCUCUCCAGGAGAGAGAGGAGCAACUGAGAGAGGGUGAGCGAGAGAGACAGAGAGAAAAGGAGGAGAGAGAGAAGAUCAUCAGCGAGCUGAAGGCUUCCCUGAAGACCAAAGAACAGCUGGUGGAGCAGGACUGCUGUGAGUUCCUGGAGGAUCCAACGGAGAAAAGAGACUCUGUGCUUCAGAAACUUCGCCAGCGUAUAAAGGAGCGAGACGGAGCUCUGGAGAAAAUAGUGGAUGAGAAGUUCCGCUGCAUGGAGGAGAAAGACGAGGAGACUCGUCGCCUGCAGCUGCUGCUCAGAGAAAAGGAGAGAGAUCUAGAGAGACAGCGCUGCGUCCUGGCCAGCAAUGAGGAGACCAUCACUAGCCUGGAAGUACUGCUGCGGGGUAAGGCUCUGGAGCUAGAGCAGGUGUGUGAUGCCUGGAGGAACGUCCAGAGGCAGCAGCAGGAGAGUGAGGAGAGGCAGAGCUGCAUCCUGAGAGAGAGAGAUGCCAUCAUCAACCAGCUGCAGAAGGCACUGCACACUGGCACACAGGAGGCUCAGGAUCUGCGCUGCUCCUUGCUGGCUCAGAUCCAGUCUGCUCCAGGUGAUGUUCUGGAAGAGCUUAAGGUCCGGCUCCACCUCAAAGACCGCCUCUUCCAGGAAGUACUGGCUGACCGGACCCAUCAAGCUCAGGAGCACCAGAAGGAAGUUCAGGAUCUCCUCAGAAGCAUCAACAGCAGAGACCAGUAUAUUAAGGACUCUGCAGUCCGCCUGAGUGAGGUCAUAACUGAGCAAAAGUCAAGACUCCAGGAACUUCGCAAACAGCUGAGCUCAGGUUUUGGAUCACAGCCUGACUUUGGAGCAGACUUGGCUUUGGAGCUUCAGGCAGUGCAGGAGGAGCUUUUUCUGGCUCUAAGGAGGGAGAAGGAGAGUCAAGAAAUUACCAGGAGUCAGACUGCAAGGCUAGACUCCCUCAACAGGACUCUGCAUGUGAAGGAGGAGAUCAUCAGGGAUUUUCAGAGGCAGAUGGUGGAUCCUUCAGGGCUCCCUCUGGUGGAAAGACUGACCCAGGAGGUCCAGGAGCUGCGGGAGAGACUGGGUCAGGAGGAUAGCCCUCCAAUGAGAGGCCCUGUCCUAGGCCGUGACCGGCCUAACAGCAGGCAGCCUGACUUUGGAGAGCUGAGCGCUGAGGAUGAUGUUGAGGCUGAUGAUUUGAACACUGAAUACACUGAAAGCAUCGACGAAGAAGAGACCGACACCAAGCGUUCUGAAGGUCCAGAGAAGAAUCUGUCCCACGGCAUGCUGCUUGAAAGUCAGGGGCUAAUCAAAGUCAAGCAGCUGGUGGAGCAGAAGAGGCUGGUUGAGAGAGAGCUGGGAGAGCUGAAGGCUCAGCUGGAGAAAGCGGGAUUCUCUUCAGUAUCACAGAUGAGGAAAGCUCUGUUCAGCUUGCAGGUAGAGAAUGAAGAAGUAAAGCGUCAUCUGAAUGGAGGGUUGGAGUGUGCCAGUGAACAGAGUGAUGAGCAAAAUGCACUGGAUGGUGAAGACAAGGAUGAAAAUGAGUUGGAUGUGACCAUAGAAGAAGAAGAGGAGGAGGAAAACUCUGAACUGUGGGAUGCCUGGGAAGGAGAGCUUUGCCUGUCCCAGGCCAAGAGCCAGAGCAAUGAUGAACAAAGGAAAAGGAGAGCCAGCAGACAUCAGACGUUGCCACUGGACUCUAAAUCGUCACAGUACAAUGACCUGGGUGGCGAGCUGUUCGCAGAUUCACAACAGGCCACUGCGUCCUCUGCAGUUUGUGAGAAGGCAGUUCAUCUGCAGCAGAAAAGCAAAGAGCUGCAGGAGAGGCUAAUGGUUUCUGAGGCCACAGUGCAGGCUCAGGCCGAGCAGCUCAAAGACUACAGGGACUUGCUCACAGAGACAGCAGUGCAGCAGGACAGUAAACAGAUCCAGGUAGACCUCCAGGAUCUGGGCUAUGAGACCUGCGGCCGCAGUGAAAAUGAAGCUGAGAGAGAAGAAACCAGCAGCCCCGAGUUUGAUGACCUAGAAAUGUGUACGUCUCUGGAAUGCGGUUCCCAAUGGUGGCCUGUCAGCAGCAAUGACAAAACCACCACCCAGAGCUGCGGUUAUGGUAACGAGGCCUCCUCUCUCCAGCACCUUGUUAAGGACCUCCGCUCACAGCUAUCCCGCUCCCAGGGAGUGAUCUCCGGGCUCCAGAGCCGCCUCCGUUCCCUCUCUACCUCUAGUGAAUAUGGUCCUUCGAUACCCCACAAGGUCAACUGGUCCAUCCAGACAUCAGCUUCACAGAGCCAGGCAGAGGAUAAUGAGGGCUGGCAGUCAUCUAAGGGAGGUCAACUACGUUCACCCCAUCACCCAGACAAGGACCUAGAGAGGCUUGCUUCUCGUGUAGAUGCACUGGAGGACCAGCUGAUGAAAGGUGGAAAGAAGGCUGCGGCAGAGGAUGGAGUGUCUGCCACCUUGCCAGGAAAAUUCGACACGCUGAUCCAGGCUCAGGCCAAAGAACUGUCUCACCUCCGCCAGCGGCUACGAGAGGGUCAGGGUGUGUGCAGCAUCCUCACCCAGCACCUGGGAGACACAACCAAGGCGUUUGAGGAGCUGCUGAGAGCCAACGACAUCGACUACUACAUGGGCCAGAGCUUCAGGGAUCAGUUAGCUCAGAGCAGUGCUCUGGCACAGAGAGUUAAUGCCAAAUUUGGUGGAAGAGAUUGUUCCGAAAACCCAGAUAAGACAGAGCUACUUGCCAUCCGCCUCAGUAAAGAGCUGCAGCAGAAGGACAAGGUCAUUGAGUCUCUCCGUGCCAGACUAAACCAGCAUCAGCAGCACCAUCAUCCUCAUCGUUCUGACACACCCUGCAGCGGUCAUGCCCUCUCUGAUACCACCGACCAAUCAGAUCGCAUCUCUUAUGUGUCCGAUGAGCAUGGAUCCACAAUUGAGGACCUGGAGUUGAGCUCUGAUGUUGAUGCUGCAAGUGAGCUUGGUCAGGAUGAAUCACGGAUUUCUGCCAAAGUGAGCACAGAUUGUCACCAUGGAACAGUGUCACGCCAUCCAUCUAUCCCUCCAUCUAUCACCUCAUCUCACAGAACCCAGUCCUGUCAUAGCUGCUCCAGCAUGCAAUCCACCAGCUCCCAACACACAGGCAUGCAGAGUCAGACAGCUCCUGUCUCAGUUUUCAGCCCUACUUCCUUUCACACUUCCCCCACUUCCUCCACCCAGAAGACACGCUUGCCCUUCCAUCCUCGCCCUUCCAACCUGCGAACCCGUUGCCAAAGCAGUGGGGGUAUGGGUUUCUCCCUGACUGAGGUGCACCAGGAGCUGCAGAUGUUACAAAGGCAGCUGGCAGACAAAGGCAGGUUUUCUACUCCUCAAGCCAAACCGCUUCAGGGUUUCCCAUUUGUCUACCAGCAGCCGGACUCCUUUGACUUACUGCCUCUCUCCUACCAAGGAUUCCAACCUUCUCCUUUCAGCAGUGCUGCUAGCAACAGUAGUCUGGAUGCCAGCUUGACAAUGAAAGCUGGGGCUAGCCUCCUGGAGAGCAGUGCAUUGUGGGAUGUGAGCUAUGGAAAUCGAGCAGUGAGAACUGGAGCUGACCUGUCAUCAGGAUCCUCGGGGUACCAGUCAGGCAACAGUCACACAGGUUCAGACCUGAUGAAGGAGCACUUGAGGGAAAUCAGGAGUCUGAGGCAGAGACUGGAGGACUCCAUCCACACCAACGACCGUCUCCGACAACAGCUGGAGGAGAAACUGGCCCGAACCACCACUGAGAAAGGUGCUCCUACCAAUAUUUACAUCCAGGGACUGGAAUCAGUCAACCAGCUUGCCAGUGAGAUUAGACUUCUAAAAGAGGAAAAUGUUAGUCUACAAAAUCAGCUGAAGCAGGUUACCAAAGAGAGCACUAAGGAGGCAGAGCAGCUGAGGGAGGUGGCGCUCCAGGAGCGUUCCAGGGUGAAGGAGGUGGAGCUAGAGGCUGAGAAGUGGGCAGAGCAAACCAGGAAGCUCCAAACUGAGGCUGAAGCUCAGAGUCAGGAGAUGUUACACCUGAAACAAGACAGACUGAGGAACCAGGAAACCGUCAACAGGCUCCAGCAUGAGUUGACUGUUCUCCGGCAGCAGCUUUGUGAGAGCCGCAGUUUGGUCCAUUCUCUUCAGUGUGAGCUGCAGGUGUAUCGCAAAAAGGGGAGAGUCACCACAAAUGCACCCACUGGUCAAGGCAGUGACAGCACAACAGUCUUUGAUCCCAAAGACCUGCACAUUCAGCUGGAGCAGCAGCUGAGCAGAGAAGCUGACACGCAGCCUCAAGCCAGGAGGCAGCUCUUCAGCGAUAGCGUUCCCUCUCCACCUGUGAGAGACACUGGACUUUUCAGUCCUUCCUCUCCUUUGCAUGCUAUGCAGAAACACACAGAAGAAACUGGAGCAACUGAUCAGGCAGGCUCAACCCUGCAUGGACAUCGCACAGAUGGCUGUUUUUAUAACUGUCAUGGCCGCCAUGCAGUGGGCCACACUGAUGACUUCAAAGUUCUGCAGCAGCACAUCCUCCAGGGAAGUGCGCUCCUCCUUAAGAUGGAGACUGCUCUUUAUUCUCUGAGCACCUCACAGGAGUUCUCCUUUCAUCAGCUUUCAGACUGGGGUUCUGUUCAGAAGCUGCUGCUGGACACUAAAACUCUGCGGCAGAUACUGGAUGAGGCUGAGUCUCUGCUUCGCGUGUUCUGGAGAGCAGCUCUGCCCAAAUCUGAGGAAGUCCAACAGGAUCGGUCUCUGAGGGAGGAGGUCCUUUCUCUCCGUCUGAAGCUCUCAGAGCAAGAACAGGCUCUAAAGGACACAAUGGAGAGAGUCAAGAGCUCCAGCGGCACCAAAGAUAGCAUGGAGCACUUUAUAGUCAGCCAAUUGUUGAGAACACGCGAUGUCUUGAGAAAAGCCAAGACCAACUUACAGGAGAAUGAACUCAGGAUUUCUUCCCUGCACCAAGCUCCUUUUCCCAUUCCUCCUUCUCCUCCCUCACUCCUCUCCUCCUCUUAUUCUUCCUCAUCCUCAUCCUCACAACUCUGGCCUGGUAAAGGUGAAAUCUCAGGCGGACGCUUCUGUGAGCUCAACAUGUCUCCUGGUUGGAGUGUCAUGAAGCCCCAAACUUCACCCUGUAGCUCUUCCUCCUCUCCUGCCCAGGGAUGGACUCACCACCAGCUCCCCCUGCAGGAAGUCUUCCUGUAGCUCAGAGUUCAUCAUCACUGCCAUCUCCGGCUGUGUUAUUUUAUUAUUUAUAUCAAUGGUAUAAUUUGUGCAGAUGUUUGCAGGAUUUUCCUGGAGGGAACUCAAAGGUUUUUUUGUUCAUAUGAGAUAAGUCUCAGUUUGGCUGAAGCUUGUUUAUGAUUCAUAGGUCUUUUUGCAUUAUUACUAUUAAACCAAAUUUAAAUAAGAAUAGAACUAAAUUUAAAACAGUUUGAAAACUUUUAGAUUCAUCAGCAAAUUAAUCAGCAAUUUCUGGAGGAUGCCCUUGACUCACAGUUUAAAAGUGACAAAUCAGGAAGGAGCUUCACCUUUGUUACUUCAGCAGGGAUUUUAAAAUGCAAAAAAUGUGUUUAAUGCCAGCAGGAAAAGGAAGAGUUAAAGAGCAAAAUCCAAAGUGCUUCCUCUUAGCCUCUCUUGAGGCUCAUGUUUGUAGUCAGUGUGUAGAAUUACAUGCAUGUGGUGUGAGCGUUGUGAUAAAACAAAGCCAUACUCCCCAGAGGUAGUUAUGUUUUAGUUUUGUCCUAAUAUCCUAAUGAAAAAAGAACAUAGAACCAUCAAAAGACGUGCAGUCGGUCGUGUAGCUGGUAGAUGAUGUUUUUACUUUCAAGUAACACAGCAGCUUAGUGUCACUGAUUCACCGUUCACCCUCCAACUUCACUUUUUCUGUUAGACAUGGAAACAAUCUUUCCUUUGUCUUUAGAUAAUUUAAAAUGGGGGUCUGGCAUCAUCAACUUGCAGGCUUGAUAAACCUUGUAAAAAAAGAUACUUGUGAGAUACAUUUUAAUAAAUGGUCCAGAAAGGAUGACAGUUCAUUUUUGUAACGAUUAAAAAAAACAAAAAACCAUAGCAUCUCUUUUUUUCUUCUUCGUCAACUUCUUUUUUUUUUCCUUUUUUUU